CGUAAGCUUGUCUUAGAGAGCCAGCCGCCGCGCUCUCGUCCUACCAGGCUGCCGCGUUGAGCCUCUCGCGUCUCCUUCUCACCGUAUGCGCCUGUCACACAUCCACACGAAUCGAUGCGUCUUUUGCACUACGACGGACAUGGCGAGCUCGGUAUCGUCAGCUUCGACGAUCGCGCAAUACCGCCUUAUGCGAUACUUUCACACACGUGGGAAGCAGAUGCGGAGGAGGUGACCUUUGCAGACCUUGUGACAGGCGAUAGCAAGGCCAAGCGUGGCUACAAGAAGAUUCGCUUCUGCGGACAACAAGCACAGCGAGAUGGCUUACAAUACUUCUGGGUGGACACAUGCUGCAUCGACAAGACGGAUAAGGCUGAGCUCUCUUACGCUAUCCGGUCCAUGUUUCGCUGGUACCAGAACGCGACAAGAUGCUAUGUGUAUCUAUCGGAUGUAUCCGCAGAGGAGAGAAAACCUGGCGACAAGCUCGGCAAAUUUACUUGGGAACCUGCUUUCAGGUUAAGUCGAUGGUUCACGCGCGGCUGGACGCUUCAAGAGCUGCUUGCCCCAACCACUGUCGAGUUCUUCUCUCAAGAGUGGGAGAUGCUUGGUGACAAGAUAUCGCUCAAGCUGUUGAUCUACAAAAUCACCAGUAUCUCACUCGAUGCGCUCAACGGAGCCCCUCUUUCCCUGUUCAGUGUCGACGAGCGGCUGCGGUGGAAAGGUGACCGGGAGACCAAGCGCGAAGAAGAUGUGUGGUACUCACUAUCGGGUAUCUUUGAUGUUGAGAUAGCGCCGGCGUAUAGCGAAGGGGCGGCAAGUGCGUUCAGACGUCUGAUGGACGAGAUCGAUAGGUGCAAAACCUGUGUCCAAGGCAUACGCAGCACAGAUCCGCGCGACGACAAGAAGCGCAUCGAGGAGACCAAAGGCGGACUGCUAGCUGACUCCUACCACUGGGUUCUUGACAAUGCCACGUACCAGGAAUGGCAACACGACGAACGCAACCAACUACUGUGGGUGAAAGGUGAUCCUGGCAAGGGAAAGACAAUGCUCCUAUGCGGCAUUAUAGACAGGCUACAUAGCUCACUGCCUAAGACUGCCCUUCUAGCCUACUUCUUCUGCCAAGCAACAGACUCGCGCAUCAACAGCGCCACGGCCGUGCUGCGAGGGCUGUUGUACAUGCUGGUAAGCCAGCAACCGUCACUUGUAUCGCAUGUCCGUAAGAAGCACGAUCACACAGGCAAAGCCUUGUUUGAGGAUGCGAAUGCCUGGGUUGCCUUGACAGAGAUCUUCACAGACGUGCUACGAGAUCCACAGCUAAGAGCUACAUACCUGAUCAUUGAUGCGCUAGACGAGUGUGUCACUGAUCGGCCGAAACUGCUUCACUUCGUUGCAAAGCAGUCUUCUGCGUCGCAGCGCGUCAAGUGGAUCAUGUCGAGCCGCAACUGGCCAGAGAUCGAAGAGCAGCUGGAGCAAGCUGGGCACAAGGUCAGGUUGAGCCUUGAGCUGAACGCAGAGUCUGUAUCGGCGGCCGUCGGCGCCUUCAUUCAGCACAAGGUGUCUCAGCUGGCGAAGCAGAAGAAGUACGACCGGCAGACGCAAGACACGGUUUUGGAGAGAUUGACUGCAAGUGCAGAUGGCACCUUCCUGUGGGUAGCGUUAGUGUGUCAGGAGCUUCAAGCAACAGCGAGACGGAACGUUCUAAAGAAGCUGGACACCUUCCCGCCAGGCUUGAACGCGCUGUACGAGCGGAUGAUGCAGCAGAUCAGCGUGUCAGAUGACGCUGAACUUUGCAAGCAGGUACUAGCUUUAGCCGCGCUUGUGUAUCGACCAAUCACGCUGGAGGAGCUAGUAGCCCUUGCUGAGCCGCUCGAAGACAUGGCCGACGAAGCAGAGGUACGGGAGAUCAUCAGCCUUUGUGGGUCAUUCCUUAGUCUGCGGGAAGACACCGUCUACUUUGUACACCAGUCCGCGCAAGACUAUCUCUUUGCGCAGGCAUAUGACGAGAUCUUUCCGCAUGUUGCUAAAAAUGCUCAUCACGUGAUCUUCUUGAGGUCGCUCGCGAUCUUGUCCCGGACAUUGCAAAAGGAUAUUUAUAGCCUAGAAGCAUUGGGAUUUGCUAUUGAAGACGUUCGGCCGCCCAAGCCAGACCCGCUUGCAGCCUUACGCUACCCGUGCGUUUACUGGAUCGACCAUCUGUACGACUCGAAGCCUGAGUCCUGGGCGGACAGUAGUGGUAACCUGCAAGUCACAAGCGCCAUCAAUAAGUUUAUAAGGAGGAAGUAUCUCUACUGGCUAGAAGGGCUCAGUCUGUGCAGAAGUAUAGGAAAGGGAGUAGUUUCAAUAGCGAAACUAUGCUCACUAGUCAAGGAGAUGCGAGACGCGAAUGAGCUGACUAAGCUUGUCCAAGACGCGCACCGAUUCAUCAUGUAUCACAAAGGGCCAAUCGAAAGCUUCCCUCUCCAGCUGUAUUCAUCCGCGCUACUUUUCAGUCCGUCUGGGAGCGCAAUCAGAAAGCUGUUCCGACACGAAGAGCCAAAAGAAAUCACCGUCAAGCCAGCGAUGAGCAGCAGCUGGAGUGCGUGUCUGCAGACGCUCGAGGGCCAUAGCGAUGCUGUCACCUCUGUAGCCUUCUCGCACGACUCGACCAAGCUGGCGUCGGCGUCACACGACAACACCGUCAAGGUGUGGGAUGCGAGCAGCGGGGCGUGUCUGCAGACGCUCGAGGGCCAUAGCAGUGCUGUCACCUCUGUAGCCUUCUCGCACGACUCGACCAAGCUGGCGUCGGCUUCAGACGACAAGACCGUCAAGGUGUGGGAUGCGAGCAGCGGGGCGUGUCUGCAGACGCUCAAGGGCCAUAGCAGUGGUGUCACCUCUGUAGCCUUCUCGCACGACUCGACCAAGCUGGCGUCGGCGUCAUGGGACAACACCGUCAAGGUGUGGGAUGCGAGCAGCGGGGCGUGUCUGCAGACGCUCGAGGGCCAUAGCAGUGCUGUCACCUCUGUAGCCUUCUCGCACGACUCGACCAAGCUGGCGUCAGCGUCAUACGACAAGACCGUCAAGGUGUGGGAUGCGAGCAGCGGGGCGUGUCUGCAGACGCUCGAGGGCCAUAGCGAUUGGGUCACCUCUGUAGCCUUCUCGCACGACUCGACCAAGCUGGCGUCAGCGUCAUACGACAAGACCGUCAAGGUGUGGGAUGCGAGCAGCGGGGCGUGUCUGCAGACGCUCAAGGGCCAUAGCGAUGCUGUCACCUCUGUAGCCUUCUCGCACGACUCGACCAAGCUGGCGUCGGCGUCAUGGGACAACACCGUCAAGGUGUGGGAUGCGAGCAGCGGGGCGUGUCUGCAGACGCUCGAGGGCCAUAGCAGUGCUGUCACCUCUGUAGCCUUCUCGCACGACUCGACCAAGCUGGCGUCAGCGUCAUACGACAAGACCGUCAAGGUGUGGGAUGCGAGCAGCGGGGCGUGUCUGCAGACGCUCAAGGGCCAUAGCGAUGCUGUCACCUCUGUAGCCUUCUCGCACGACUCGACCAAGCUGGCGUCGGCGUCACACGACAACACCGUCAAGGUGUGGGAUGCGAGCAGCGGGGCGUGUCUGCAGACGCUCGAGGGCCAUAGCAGUGGUGUCACCUCUGUAGCCUUCUCGCACGACUUGACCAAGCUGGCGUCGGCUUCAGACGACAAGACCGUCAAGGUGUGGGAUGCGAGCAGCGGGGCGUGUCUGCAGACGCUUAAGGGCCAUAGCAGUGGUGUCACCUCUGUAGCCUUCUCGCACGACUCGACCAAGCUGGCGUCAGCGUCAUACGACAAGACCGUCAAGGUGUGGGAUGCGAGCAGCGGGGCGUGUCUGCAGACGAUUAACAUCGGCAGGACUCUCCACAGCAUAUCCUUUGAUUCUACCAGCUCUUCUCUUCAUACUGAGAUAGGUCACAUCGCCAUACACAGUUCAGGAACUUCUAGCGAGGUAGCUGUUGUGGAGCCUGAAUGCCCUCUGUAUUCAGGCACAAGCCUUAGCUCCGACAGCAUAUGGGUCAAGCAUGACGACAGGAAGGUGUUGUGGAUACCAUCGGAGUAUCGACCGUCAUGCUCUGCGGUGUGCGGAAGCACAGUCGGUAUGGGCGUGGGGUCGGGCAGAGUGUGGAGCUGCAGUAUUGACCUACACACUCACAUCUGUUCGCAGGAGAGUAUAGGCAUUGUCUGAAUCUCAUCUCAUCUUGUGUGUCCUGGUUUUUAUAUUUCUGCUGUACAGAUGACGUCCAGGGACUACAAGCAACAUGCUGUGGCACAAAGACUUGCAGAGUUUGAAGAGAAUUAACUGUUGCUAAGUUUCAUGAUCUUGCUGUUUCGCACAAAAUGGCAUGCAGGAAAAGUGGGGAAUCAGGUCAAGACAUGUGACAACGCUAGAAAGCCGCCAACCUGCGCCACAAUUGUCUCAGCAGCCAAUCUGUGGUGGGUAUAGCGUCUAAUUCAGUACGAUAUCUUACAGCUGCAUCUCUGUACCCUAAUGCAAGCCACUACAUGGUAAGCG